GAGGGGCCUGUCUGGCCGCCGCUCCUCCGCGGCGCUGAGCAACUGAGUGACUUGCUCCUGCACAGCACCCCUGGGAAGUCCAGAGCACCAGGUGAUGGCGACUUUGCAUCUGUCUGUCCUACCCCAGGCUGAGGUGACCUUUGAGGAUGUGGCUGUACUUCUCUCCCAGGAAGAAUGGGGCCAUCUGGGCCCUGCUCAAAGAGGCCUCUACAGGGACGUGAUGCUGGAGACCUAUGGCAACCUGGUCUCCUUGGGAGCUGGACCUGCAAGUCCAAAACCCGGGGUGAUCGCACAGUUGGAGCGAGGGGGUGAGCCGUGGGUCCUGGACACGCAGGGCUCCAAAGGGAGAAAGCAACUAAGGAUCAAUGACUCAGCUCAUGGGACCAGACCUGAGUACAAGGAGUUGACUUCAGGGGUGAUGCUUAAUGGGAGACAACUGGACCAACUCAGGGAAACUAUUCCCCAGGGACCUGAGCCUGGAGAAGCCCAUGAGCAUGUCAGGGAGUCAGAGGAGAGCCUGGACAAGUCAGGAGGGCAGAGUGGCCCCGGGCCAGUCAUGGUGAACAACAAGGAGCACAGUCAAGAGUCUGGGGGAAGACACAGGUUGGGGUUAAGCCCUAUCCUUGAUCAGAGACCUCACAAAUGUGAUAUAUGUGAACAAAGUUUCGAACAGAGAUCAUACCUCAAUAACCAUAAACGUGUACACAGGUCAAAGAAAACAAAUAUAGUGCAUGAUUCUGGGGGAAUCUUCAGUGCUAAUUUAGUUGUUGAAGAUCAGAAAAUUACUCUUGGAAAAAAGUUGCAUUAUUGUGGUUACUGUGGGAAAACCUUCAGGUAUAGUGCUAACCUUGUCAAGCACCAGAGACUUCACAGUGAAGAGAAGCCCUACAAGUGUGAUGAGUGUGGGAAAGCCUUCAGCCAGAGCUGUGAGUUCAUCAAUCACCGAAGGAUGCACUCAGGGGAGAUCCCGUACCGUUGUGAUGAGUGUGGGAAGACAUUCAAUCGAAGGCCCAAUCUCAUGAAGCAUCAGAGAAUUCACACUGGAGAGAAGCCCUACAAGUGUGGUGAGUGUGGAAAACACUUCAGUGCUUACUCUUCUCUUAUCUAUCACCAGAGAAUUCACACUGGAGAAAAACCCUAUAAGUGCAAUGAAUGUGGAAAAGCCUUCAGUGACAGCUCAAUCCUUAUCCGACACCGUCGGACUCACACUGGAGAGAAGCCAUUUGAGUGUAAAGAAUGUGGCAAAGGCUUUACCCAAAGUUCUAACCUUAUUCAGCAUCAAAGAAUUCACACUGGAGAGAAACCCUAUAAAUGUAAUGAAUGUGAAAAAGCCUUCAUCCAAAAAACCAAACUUGUUGAACAUCAGAGAAGCCACACUGGAGAAAAACCCUAUGAAUGUAAUGACUGUGGCAAAGUCUUCAGCCAGAGCACACACCUCAUCCAGCAUCAGAGGAUCCACACAGGAGAGAAACCCUACAAGUGCAGUGAGUGUGGAAAGGCCUUCCAUAACAGUUCCAGACUCAUCCACCACCAGAGGUCACACCAUGGAGAAAAGCCAUACAAAUGCAGUGAUUGCAAGAAAGCCUUUAGCCAGGGUACUUAUCUCAUCCAACACCAAAGGAUACAUACUGGGGAGAAGCCCUACAAAUGCACUGAGUGUGGAAAGGCCUUCCGGCACAGUUCCAAUGUGUUCCAGCAUCAGAGGAUUCACCUCCGGGAAGACUUCUCAACGUGAUGGUGAAGGAGGACCAAUGAGUCCUACAUGCACUUCCUCUACAUGAUCCAUCCCACUUCUAUUUAUUGUCCACAUGGUGGUGUCAUAAGUUGAAAGGGCAUUCCUAUUUAAUUAUAAAAAAAAUCUUAAAUGAAAAGCAAAGCAUGUUCAUUUCAGAGAAAUUAAGAGAGAAAGGUGAGCAAAGAGAAGUUAACUUAAUCUCCCUCACUUAGAAUAAAACUAUUCAUCAUUGCUGAUUUUGUCUGUUUCUUUUCAGACACACUGAAGAGCAUUUUAAAGAAAAUACUGUUAUGCUUAUUGUUGCAGCACCAAAGAUCUUCACAAUUGUUAAUACCUUAAUACCAGAAGAUUCAUACUGUGGAGAAUUCCACAUAUUUACAUAUUUUACAUUUUGUAAUUUUUAAAAAGUUAACAUUGUUCAUACUUUUCAAUGUCACUUAAUAGGAUAAAUGCAUUUUUUAGUUAAAUUACAUAAUAUAAAAUUUACUACUUUGAUUUUUUAGUUACAAUUCUGACAUUAAGUACAGUCACAAUGUUAUAUAAAGAUCACCACUAUUUCCAAACUGUUUUUAUUAUCCCAAACAUGAACUCUGUACCCAUUAAACCAUAACUCUCCAUUCUUCCCUUCUCACAGCUACUAGCAAGCCCUUCCUAUUUCCUUUCUCUACAUACUUGCCUAUUCUGGGCACAUCGUAUAAGUAAAAUCAUACAAUAUCUGUCCUUUAUGUUUUGCUUGUUUCACUUAGCAUAAUAUUUCCAAGAUUUUUCCGUGUUGUACCUGUAUCAGAACAGCAUUCAUUUUUAUGGCUUAAUAGUAAUCACUGUAUGUAAAUGAAACUGUUUUUUUAAGAUUUUUAUUUAUUUAUGCAUAUAAGAGCUGGGGCACAGGCCAGAGAUGUGGGGGGAGGGGGAUGUUAGAGGAGUCCCCAGAGCCAGAGUUGGGAACAGAACAGGCAGGCUGACUGAAAUACACUGCUGAGGGGAGCAACAGGCGAGUCAGGAGAGGUCUGCUGCACCAUGUGGUUGCUCCCUGGCCGGCCAGGGAUCAACUGGUGCUGCAGAGGCUGAGGAUUGCUACAUGGUGCGGUGCUUAACCCCUUGCGCCACCAGGGAGGCCCCAAAACAUUUUGUUUAUCCAGCCAUCUGUUGACUAUUAUGCAUAAUGCUGCUAUAUGUGGAACCAAGCUUAGCUGGGGUUUCGCCAUUUUGUAUAUCCUCCACCUUGGUAUGUUAGUCCUUGUCCAGCCGCAUUCCGGAGAUAGUUUCAGCAGUCACAACCCUCACUCCACUUGGUGACGAAAAAGCAGACCACCCUAGCCGCCAAUGAGGGCAGUCCUGUCCAUAAAUGGGACAGCAUCUCUAACCGUCCAAUCAGUUUGAAACUGUAACCGCGCGCGCCAAAAUGCCUUUGUAGUAGCCAAUGAGUAAUUGCCAGCUUCUUUCAAAAUUCGCGCCACUCGCGACCCUAUAAGAUAUCCCAGCUUCCUCUGUUUGGGGCUCUCGACCUCUGCCGUUGCAUAGGUGAGUGUCGAGGGCCCGGUCUCGAGCCCGUAAUAAACUCCUUUGUGCCCUUGCAUCGGUUGUCUGUGUCCUUGGGGGCUGCACUGGUCGACGUGGGCACAACACUAUAAACACUGGGUAUACAAAUAUCUGCCCCUACUUUCAGUAUUUUGGGUUAUAUGCAUAAGAGUGAGUUUGCUCUAUCAUACUUGAUUUUCUAUUUAACUUCUGGAGGAAUGCUCUAACUUCCACAAUGACUCUAUUACUUCACAAUCCCCCAUAGCAAAGCAUAUCAACUUUUUACACCUUUGCUUAUUAACAUUUUACUGUGUGUGUUUUUUUUUUAAAUCGUAGCCAUUCAAAUGCAUAUGAAGUGGUAUCACAUUGUAGUUUGGGUUUGCAUUUUUCUCAAAUGACUAAUGUUGAACAUCUUUUUAGGUGCUUAUUGAUCAUUUGCAUAUCUUCUUUGGAGAAAUGUCUGUUUCCUUCUAGAGUUAGAAUAGGUGACCUUGAGGUGUUGUUUGUUGUCCUUGGCCUGUUUUUAAAUUAGGUUUUUUGUUGUUUGUGAGAGUUCUUUAUAUAUUUUGCAUAGUAAUGACUUAUCAGAUACAUAUGUUGCAAAUACUAACUCAUUUUGAGUUGUCAUUCCACCCUAUGGUGUCCUUUCAUGCACAAAAUUUUUAAAAUUCUAUGAAGUUCAAUUUAUUUUUUCCUUUAUUACCUACACUUUGGCUGUCAUAGCCAAGAAAUUACUAAAUCAAAGUCAUAAAAACUGGCCCCUGUAUUUUUCUCUAAGGGUUUAUUGUUUUAGGUCUAUGGUUUGGUCUUUCAUCUAUUUUGAGCUAUUUUUAAUAUAUAGUAUAAGGUAAGAACCAAGUUCAUUCUUUUGCAUGUGUAUUUCCACUUUUCUCAGCAACACUGUUGAAAAGACUUUCCUUUACCCUCAAAUGGUAUCUUUUCUAUAACAAAAUACCAAGGAUGGGUGGCUUAAAAAACAGAAAUUUAUUUUUCACAGUUCUGGUGGUUGAGAAGUUCAAGAUCUAGGUGUUGGUUAAUUCAGUUCCUGUUAAGGGGUCUCUCCCUGAUUUGCAUGCAAUCACUUAUUCACUCUGUCCCCACAUGGGGAGGGGAGGGAUUUGGGAAAGAGAAAGAGAGAGAGAACUCCCUCUUUUUUUAAAAUGCACAGAAUCUCUAAGGUAUGCAAGUAUUCUAACAAUGUUUACAUAUUCUAUUUAUUCUUAUAAUGACUUUUUUUUAAGAUUUAGUUAUUUAUGCAUACAAGAACUGGCAUGCCAGAAAUGCAGGGGUGUGAGGAUUCAACAGAGACAGAGUGGGGAGCAGAACAGGUGGAUUGACUGAAACACACUGCUGAGGGGAGCAGUGGGCAAAACAGAGGAGGUCUGCAGCGCCAUGUGGGUUAGCUCCCUGGCCAGCGAUCAAACUCAUGCUACAGUAGCUUGGGAUAGCUUCAUAUUGCUGAGACUUAACCCCUUGUGCCACCAGAGAGGCCCCUCUAAUAAUGACAUUUAAAUGCUAAAUCUACUUCUUAGUUUAUAUUAUUUCCUCAUACACCAACUAAUCAAAUUUCCACAACCAUUUCUUAGCACUGUUUUA